AAAGCAUGGAAAUUUUCCACUACUAGUAUGCUAAAUAAGGAAAGUCCAACUAUCUCUAAAUUUAGUUCCCACUCCCAACAUACAAACUCCAAUCUCCCACUUACUAAGAAUGGGCUUGCAAACCACCGCCCCACCACCGCCAACCACCGUAUGUGUGACCGGAGCCGCCGGCUUCAUCGGCUCAUGGCUGGUCAUGAGGCUCCUCGAACGUGGGUAUAUUGUUCGUGCAACAGUUCGCGAUCCCGGGAACAUGGAGAAAGUAAAACACCUAAUAGAAUUGCCAAAUGCAAAUGCAAACUUGACAUUGUGGAAGGCAGACAUGAACAUACAAGGAAGCUAUGAUGAAGCAGUCCAAGGUUGUGAAGGGGUGUUUCACAUGGCCACACCUAUGGAUUUUGAAUCUAAUGAUCCUGAGAAUGAGGUUAUAAAGCCAACAGUAGAUGGUAUGUUGAGCAUAAUAAGAUCAUGUGCCAAAGCCAAAACAGUGAAGAAAUUGAUCUUCACAAACUCAGCUGGGGCAUUGAAUGCCGAAGAACACCAAAAACCAGUCUACGACGAAACCAACUGGAGUGACCUGGAUUUCAUAUACUCCAAGAAAAUGACUGGAUGGAUGUAUUUUGUGUCCAAGAUUUUGGCUGAGAAGGAAGCAAUGAAAGCAGCUAAAGAGAGCAACAUUAACUUCAUAAGCAUUAUACCAACUUUGGUAGUUGGUCCAUUUAUCAUGCCCACUUUACCACCUAGCUUAAUCACUGCACUUUCCCCCAUCACUGGAAAUGAAGCUCAUUACUCUAUCAUAAAGCAAGGGCAAUAUGUGCAUGUCGAUGAUUUGUGUGAGGCCCACAUUUUAUUGUUUGAGCAUCCAACAGCACAAGGAAGAUACAUUUGCUCUUCCGAUGACGCAACCAUAUAUGACCUAGCCAACAUGAUCAGAGAAAAAUGGCCGGAAUAUCACAUCCCAACCGAGUUUGAAGGCAUAGACAAGGACAUACCAUUGGUGCAUUUCUCUUCCGAGAAACUGAAGGCCACGGGAUUUUCAUUCAAGUACACGUUAGAGGACAUGUAUAGAGGUGCAAUCGAGACUUGUAGAGAAAAAGGUUUGCUCCCACAUUCAACUCAAAUUCACACCUAUAGCGAUGAGAAGGCCAAACCCAAUGAUCAAAAAAGAGAGCUAAUUCCAACUUUGCAAGAAAACCAUUCUAAUAUCCUAACUAAUGGAGACGAGGAGAAGAAUCUGCUUCCAAAUUCAAAGGGAAAGCAGGUUGGGGAACGAGAGAAUGGCCUGCCGUUGGACAUUGCAUAAAACCAACACUCGGGAUCUGGAAGAUGGAGAUAAUUAUUUUUUUCGAUGUUUUUCACUAUGUUUGUUUCUGUGUGAAGAAAGUUUGUGCUUUUCAGUCUCAUUGAUUGUUGAAAAUAAAGAAAACGGGAUGUCUUAUUAGUGCCCCAAAUGUAAUAUCAACUAAAUCACUACUAUAUAAUCCUGGAAUUGAAGUUACAGAAUUUUUAUAGAAACUUUCGCUAUUCUGCCGUGUGUUUUCUGAGAGUUUUGUUGACAGCAAACACACACUAAAUACUCAAAAUCUACGUGAACAGGAAUCCGGUAUCAUGAAUUUGACUUGAAUAUAUUGAAACGAAGUUCUUAGAGAAUAUGCUCCAGAUGGG